UUUCGUGGCGAGCAUGGACCUCAGCGCGCUCUACUACCCGUACAGCCAUACGCUCCCUGCAGUCUACGCGCAGACGCACAAGCUCGUGGCGUACAACAGCAUCUACAACGCGUUCGAGCUCUACUGGCUCUGCGUGCUGCCGCUGCUCGUGCUCGGCGUCCCGCUCUGUCUCUCGUGCCUGCCCGUGCGCCUUUCGCUGCCCGCCAAGCUGGGCGAGAAGCCGCUGGCAGCGUCGUCGCGGCCCGAGUGGGACCCGACAUGGGUCGUGCCCAAGCACAUUGCUGCCAUCAUGGACGGCAACCGUCGCUAUGGCCGGACGCGCUAUGGCCUGCCGCUCAAGGGCCAUCAAGACGGUAGCCAGCGCGUCGUCGACUUUAUGAACUGGUGCGUCGGCGCCGGCGUCCAGAUCCUGACCGUCUAUGCGUUCUCGACCGAGAAUUGGGGGCGCGCGCAGGCCGAGGUCGAUGCGCUCAUGAACAUCUUUACGAGCUUCAUGCACGACAUCAUCCCGCAAGCGCUCGAGCGCAACAUCCGCGUGUGCGUCCUCGUCUCGGACGGCGCCAAGUUCCCGAGCCACAUUGGUUCGGCGAUCGAGAAGAUCGAGACGGCGACGGCCCACUGCACGGCCUUUACCCUCAACAUUUGCGCCAGCUAUGGCAGUCGCAAUGAGAUGGUCCACACCGUCCAAGCCAUCGCGGCCAAGGUCGCGGCCGGGACGCUGGCGGUCGAUGCGAUCGACGAAGCGGUCGUGAGCGAGCACUUGCUGACCAAGAACGUGCCGGACCCGGAUUUGCUCAUCCGCACGUCGGGCGAGUGCCGGUUGAGCAACUUUCUGCUCUAUCAAAUCGCCUACUCGGAGCUCAUUUUCCUCGACAAGAUGUGGCCCGAGCUCAAUUACGACGACUUUCUCCACAUGAUGCGCACGUUCAAUCUGCGGAAACGCCGGUUUGGCAAAUAAAUCAUCUAUCGUACAAUUGCAAACUAGACUCUUUUAUG